AUGUGCGAUGAGCAUCGCGAAUUCGAAAUCAACUGCAUGUUUGUACGAUAUAGAUGGCGAAAUAUCCAGCCCUCAUUUUUACAAAUUUCUAAGCGAUAUGCUUCUACGAACAAAGUCCGAAACGACCCAAGAGGUCCUUUUACUAAACUAAAGUUCGACCCGAAAGAAAAUGGAAACUUUUCCAACUUUGGAGUUUUGCCAUUUUUACAACAACGACUCAACCAACUUGAAAAAUUGAAUGACGAUCACGACAAUGACCGAUUUCGAAAGCUAGGCGUACUUCCCAAAGACCACAGUAGGGAUCUUUCACCUACUCCAGACCAACGUAUAAUUUUAUCGGUCCUUGGUUCCGAGCACAGUCUUCUCUUUAGAGGCGAUUCUUACUCUGGAAAAUCCUUAUCAAUUGCCAUACAUGCCUUGAACUUUACGUUAAGUCGGGUUCCCAAGUUUGGCCAAAUCAGCUCCGGCUACUCGGUGGAUAGCGUGAUACUAGUACCAACGGACGAUCUUGUCAAAAAGUAUUUGAAAUAUUUCAGAUUCCUAACCAAAGGAUUGCCCACGGAUUGCUGCCCUGACCAGUUGGUUCCUGAAAAAGAGGAAUACAAAGUCAGCAGAAGACCGCUCGAGAUAAACUUUGUGUACACCGAUAUGAACUCAGACACUCUUACAACCGGGGAAGCUUCCAAGACUCCUCCUCAAAUAUUGGUAACCACUCCAAGUAUAUUUCAUCGUCUUCUCAACCAAAAAUCCCAGCUCGGACUUGGACCGGAAUGCUAUAAAGAAACCCAAUUGCUCGCAGUUGAUGGCUCCAACUAUAUAUUGGAAACGACCGAUAUACAGCUUCCCGAAAAUGUCAGCUUGACACUUGAGGGACCCAAAAGGAAAUACCGAAACAUACUCAAACUGAUCGUCAGCACCGUCCAGAAGCUUCAAAUGGAUCAUUAUAUGGAUAGUCUUCGGCGACGUUUGAAGUCAGUUGAAAUUAAAGCAAAAGACCAAGACCUGGACCCAAUUCCACGGGGAUUUGACUACACCAAGUGGACUCUCGCCAGCAACGUUUCUGCCCUUGACGUUGAAAAACUGAUCAAAAAGCAGUAUCCCAAAAAUGACAGACCAAAUCUCAACCUCUUGCGGAAAAUGGUAAAGACGAAAAGAAAGUAUUUGUACAAGCCGUUGCAAUUCUGCUUUGUAAUGGAACCCAUUUACCAGAAACCAUACCGAAAACUUAUCCAACUUGACGGUUCAAAAGUUUCCAGGGGUCCCGCUCAAGUGCGCCAACUCCAAGACCAACUAGAUGUUAAAAAAGCAAAGGACCACAAUAUGCGUGUCACGGAUCCUCAACGAUCAUUCGUGGAACGUAUCGUAAGAUUUUCAGAUCUGGAACGCACAAUUCGAAAGUCUGGUAGAAAUCUUGUUGUUGUCGGUAGUCAAGACUACUUUGAACCGACAAAUAGCAUUCAGUGCUUUCUUCACAAAAAAGGUGAUAAGAAAUUGAAAGAAAUAGAUACCACUGCCAACUGGCCUGCUAAUGAAUUUCAUGAAGCCUGGCUCGAAGCAUCGUUGUCUGAGAACGAACAAAAACGUUCGUUACAACAACUUCUCCAAAAGCUGUUGCAGAAUUUGGCGUCUGAUCAAAUACUUCAUAUUAUCAGAAACUCGAUGAAAAAUGUUCAAGAUGGUGCUGUAUUUGUAAUUCCGCCGUUUAUCGACUUGGAAGACAUCAAAGCCAAACUUGUGGACUCCAACAAUUCUGCUUGCACAUCGCUCAUGGAACCGUCAGAAUUAACUGUUUUGACCCACCCAGAUGCUUUGCUUGUUAAUAAAGUACGAACAAAGCAUUUAUACAUUCUUGGCUUGGAGUGCUUAUACCCCCAAGCCGCUCUAAGCUCAUGGUCAAAAUUUAGUGUCAAUCUGGUUCCAGGUAUUGAAAUACCUUUUACCGACAUGUUGCGAUUUUAUCUUAAAAGAUGUGAAGAUUUUACCAAAGUUCUGAUCGUUUUACUUGACCCAGAACACUUGGAGAUGCUAUCUCGAAUACUAUUGAUGAACAAACUUCAGAUUUCCAGCAAGGCUGGCUUGAAGUUGACAUAUAGAAAGUCGUGA